ACUUCCUUCUCUUCAAAACCUUCCCCUCUCAUUCUCUCAAGCACCCAACAAAGCCUAAUCGAACCUAACAUUUUUUUUUAUGAAGACUUAUAACUUUAUUUUCCCAAAUAGAGCCUAACACUUAUUUAUUUAAAUUAUUGACUUCUUUUUUUUUUAACAAUUAAAUUUAUUGAUUUUGUUAACCUUUAUUUAGGUUCCGAUUUUCCAUAUAUAUUUGAGAAAAUAAUAAAAAAAUCGUAACAUCUGAUAUUUUAUUUAUUUAUUUGUUUAGAUUCUUUUCUUAGCUUCUUGUUGUUCUAAAUCGAAGAACACAACACAACACAAUACAGAGUAUUCUGAGAUUCGAUUGAUUGAUUCUGAAAAGCUCAAUCAACCCAACGCACUUCCUUCCUCCGACGACCCUUUUAUCGAUUUGGUUCAUCUCCACUCACCUACACUACACUACCACUUCAACAACAACAACCCCACUUGUUUAUCCUUCUUCCGGCGUCUUUUCCAAAGCUCCUCUCUUCUCAUUCAUCUCCCCAACCACUCACUCUUUUCUUACUAUUAUUUCUCCCUUCUCAAUCCCAAUAUACAUAUAUACAUACAUAGUAAUACACACUUUCAUAAACAACAAAAACAAUAAUAAUGUUCUCUGUCAGGGAUUUUUGGAGGCGGCAUAGGAGGAAGAUUUUCCUCUCUGCUGGUGUUUUAGGAGGUGGCUAUUGUUUGUAUAAGCUUUAUGGUGCUCAUAGGCAAAGACUCGGCGCACUCGAGAGAGAGCUCCAACUUCAGAGGGAAGCUGAAGACCUUAUCAAGUCUCAGAUGCAAGCUCACUUUGAGAAUAUUCAGAGAAUUUCUGAUGCAACAACAUUACCUCAUUCUAUGCACAACUUAAGUUGCCGGAUAGCAGAAGACUUGGAUCUUUCUCACCUUCUUGAGAGGCUAAUACAAGGAAAGGGUCAGCCCAACAGAUUAACACAAUCAGAGAAACUAGAGUUAUGGGGCAGGCUCAAAAUUCUAAGUUUCACAAGAAUGGCAUUGUCUGUUUGGGCAACAGUGAUGCUUAGCUUAUAUACAAAAGUUCAAGUCAAUAUACUAGGAAGGCAUCUAUACAUUGAUACUGCACGAAGAUUUGAAAGCUCUAAUUUAUUAACAGAAAGUGGAGAUGUGGUUGAUGGGGAGGACCAACAGAAAUUUCUGGGAAGUGUUGAUUUUCUCUCUCAGCAUGGUAUGCCUGCCUUAAUUUCUGACAUGGAGGCAGCAACAAAAGAAGUUCUCAAAGGAAAGCAGUUGACUAGUCUCUUCAACAAUACAACGUUUCAUGAAACCAUCACUAAGAUACUGAACACUUUCAUGAGCAGAGGGAGCCCACAUUUCUGGGUAAAAUAUAUGAUACCCGAGGAUGCUAAAUUACAUUCCACGACCUCCGGCAGUAAUGAGGCAGUUACAUCUGAUAUGACUGAAUUCGAACAACUCAUGAUGGAAGCACAGGCAGUAAUAUCAAGUGCUGAAUUUGGGAGCGUUGUAGAGAUAUCUCUGAAAGCUGUGGUGGAUACACUGGCCGAGCUCAUGGGAACUACAAGUGUGCCGCUGGCGAGAGCAUUGCCCCAAGUUGCACAGAUGUGUCCUUUGCUCCUUGAAGAACCCAGUAAAAAUCAGUUCAUCAAAAUCAUUAAAAAUAUACCAGAUGUUGAACUUUUUCUCACUUUCCUCUAUGCAAAUAUGCCAAGUGCAUAGUGAUGAUGAGUAAUUUUAUGUUUCACAUGAAAGAAACCAAAUAGUUCAAAUUCAUUGCACAAAAGGCGCAAGACAAUGUACAAAAAUUUAAUCGAGGUUCGAAAGAGAUAGUAAUAGGUAAAUUGUUAGCCUUCAUCUUUUGAUUAUGAUAAUUACCUUUGGUUGUAAUCACUAUUCAAUAGUUAUUGUCUCAUAAUGCUCCCUCCCCCAUUGUCUCUAACUUGGCAUUUGGAGGAGGUGGGUCAGUUAGGACUUUACUUUGCUUUGUUCGCAGCUGGAAAGGGAAAAUGACUUCUUUUUUUUUUAUCA